AUGGACCGGGAUGGCCUGGAGGAAGAAGAGGAGAUCACAGCCACCACACUGCAGGCCAGGCCGCGGCCACUGCCCAUCUCGGCUCUCUCGGCCUUCAGCUACGUCCCGCCUUGGUGCCUGGACCGCAAGGAGUACAGCUACUACUACCGCCAGGGCCAGAAGGGGAUUAUUUCCCUCUACGACUGCGUUUUUGAGAGGAAGCUCGAUUAUAAUCAGAAACUGCACCGAGAUGACAGAGAGCACACAAAAGACCUGGGACUUCACGUUAACAAGGAGGAACAAGAGAGGCCCGUGGGCAUGCUGGCCUCCUCCGUCUAUGGGAGACGCAUCCACCAGCCCGUGGAGCCACUGAACUGGGACUUCCGCAGUACCAACCAUGUGCAGGCUGCCUUCUACCGGAAGAACGACAUCCCCAGCAUCAAGGCACCUGGCUUUGGGCACAUCGCUCCAGCCUGA